UUAGGCAAAGGUAAUUUUGGUAAAGUGUAUCUUGCUGAACAUCGAACGACCAAAGAAAAGGUCGCCAUCAAAGUGGUGGACAAACGCGCUUUUCAAAAGAGUGAUCAAAUACAGCAUGCUGAAAGCGAACAAUCGUUGUGCGAAGCGUUUGCAACACGCAUGAAACAUAAACAUAUUGUCGACGUACACGAAGUAAUUGCCGACGAUCACUCUAUUUACAUUGUCAUGGAAUAUAUGCAAGGCGGAGACUUGUUUGAACAAAUCAGACAAUCAGCCUACAUUGCUGAGCCAGUAGCGCGACGAUGGUUUCGAGAAAUAAUGGAAGCCGUACACUUUAUUCACAGUCAUGGAAUCGUGCAUCGAGAUCUCAAGCCCGAGAACGUGUUAAUUGAUAAGCGACAGCACCUUCGCCUGUGCGAUUUUGGAUUCGGUAAAAAGGUAGCGAUGCAGCAGCAAGUGCUGAAAACGUAUUGCGGCAGUCCAUUUUAUGCCUCUCCAGAAAUGGUCACGGCAACACCUUACAAAGGACCGCCGGUCGAUAUGUGGAGUUGUGGAGUCAUCCUGUACUUGAUGUUGACAGGCACUUUGCCUUUCCAAGCUUCCAACAUGGGACAACUCUUUCGAAAAAUUAGCGUAGCCCAGUAUACCAUCCCGCGAAGCGUAUCCCCCGAUGCUUCAAAUCUCAUCCACCGCUUGCUCUGCAAAAACUCGAGGGAACGCAUCACGGCGAUACAGUGUUUACAACAUCCGUGGCUC